AUGGGCAACAUGGAAAAACAUUCAAGGCUCUUCCAAAGUUUCUUCCAUCGAAACCAGUGUCAUCAUCACCAGGGCGAACAAUAUUAUCUAUUAGCCGGUGACGAAAAGGAGGCGCAUCACAGUUGUGGCACAACCCAGUCGGCUGCCGCCCGGAGAAUCAAGUUCAAACAAUGUUGCUUGAAAGGCAAAUUGUAUGCCGCCCGUUCAUGGACUAAAGUUCCUCUGCUAUCAAGUCUUGUUUUCUGGAUCAGAAGAAAAAACUUGAUUCUUUCAUUACCAGACACUGUUUUGGUCAAGAUACACGAGGAGCUUCCUAUUAUUGAUGCAGUAUGUCUGGCCCUCACCUGCAAGCGACUUUCCAAGCUUUUCCCUGCAACUCUGAAAGAAAAAGAAUUCGAAUUUCCCCGGUUGUUAGAACUUCGCAACCCCCUGCUGUGUCUGAACUACAGCAAGAUUACGCGCAACCAACUCCUCCUUCGACUUGAGAAUCGCCGUUGGCUAUACUGUGGGCAAUGUCUAAGACUCCACCCAAGGAAGGUAUUCGAUAAAGACAAUAAGUACUGGGCCCCAAGCUUGAUUCGGUCUUGCUCGAGAUACGCUGGUAUCGUUGACAUAUGCCCAUGCGCCGCCUGGACAAUUCGAGACCGAGAUCGCGCGGUGAAACUACUCAAGUCAACUUCACCCAGUGGAACUCAAUUUGGCCCUUUUGUCUUCCAGUCUGGAAGCCGACCCCGCUUGGAACAUACCUGUCACCUGAGUUCGAACGAGAAAUACGAUGCUGAUGUCGCAAUUUCCAUCUACAUUAACACCAAGAAUCACCUUUUGGUACAUGCAAAAUAUGUGCUAAGUCUUACCCCUACAUACAUCUUCAUUCCUCUUGAGCCAAUUUUUGCCUGCCCCCAUUUCAGCUUAUCCGAGGGGACUAUCAUCUGCCCUGCAUCAGACUGCCCUUCCUGUCUUGCUACAAUCAGCAAGGAGACUAUCACGGAAAAUAACAAAACGAAGGUUCUAUUUGAAGUGACGCGAGAUUUGGGCAGCUGUGAGUCCACUGGUGAUUCUUGCUGGUUGAGAAAUUGUCGUCCUACUGGAUGCAGAAUUGGGGAGUCAACUUUGAAAUGGUCAGUACAUGAAACGAGGAUUAUUCACUUGGAUUAA